AUGCCGCCACAGGUCAGCAUUGACCUCACGGAGGCGAGUAGGCGUUCUAAGCCGUCCUGACCCAAAUAUCCCACCAUUCGCUCGCUGAUUGUGGCCCCGAUCUCUUGUGCGUCUGUGCAUGUGCCGUCCAUCUGCUGUGCGUGGCCUCAGGCACCGCGCUCUCCUCACAACGUCAUUGUGAUUUCCGACUCCGAUGAGGACAGCACAGGCAAGCGUCCAACGGCUGUCGAUUCGAGCUCGGACGACGAGCAAAUCGUUCUCACAUCCUGGAGAGGAGGGUCUAAGCAGAAGCGCCUGUCCAAUUUCGCGGGCGAGCAAGAGAUUGCCAGUACUAGCCCAAGUGCCAGCGUCAGGUCUCCCGCUCCUCACUUCGAACGCGCCACAGAUCGAGCAAGCUCAUCCAGGGCGUCAGCCCUACCCUCCGGACUAUCUGAUCGCGCAACACUUUCAGCCGAGCACGGUGAGCAUCACGGAUCAGCCCCGCAUGCCAGACGCGCCACUUCAAGAGGUGAAGUCGGCUCGGUGCAAGGGGUCGGGUUUUGCAGUCUUGCGACAUCGUCUUUAGAUCCCUCUCAAGCGAAGAAUCUCUCGUUGUCAGAGACGGCAGCUCUGGCGACAGGAUCUGCGUCACUCCCCUCGCAAGCCUCACGCAUUUGCACACUCAAGCUUGGUGAGUCAAUCUCUAGCUGCUCGAUCCGCAUGUCAGCAUACACGCGCAAGUCUGACCUUCACACCUCACUUCCUGGCGCCGCACAGGAGUGGACGCGCAGAGUAGUUCCAACGCUAUACGGGCUCAAUGUGGCAAGCAACUUCGAGUGCAUCUUUCAGGUGGUUCAUUGGCAGUGGAUGCGCCAGGCAGCAUUCACAGUUCUGGACCUGUACGCUUGGGCAGCGUCGUGGGCGCCGAGUACAGGUCGAUGAUUGACAUCGUCCACAGCAGGGCCUCUAUUCAGCUCGAGCCCUUCAUCGUAGGUGAGCAUGACCACAGCCGCCUUGACCGUUAGCAUCAUUGCGUCCACGCCCUGACCGACUCUCAUUCUACACCCUUGCAGAUGUAUCCAGCCUACCCGAAACAUUCAGCAUUGGAAUCGACCUCUCUACGACCGCUGAGCAUGCAGCUGAAUGCCUCAAACGUGUCAGAAGCCUCGUCAGUCGUCUAGCGCCUCGUGGCAAGCUCGUCUUCCUCAAUCCAAAUGGGGAUGGCCCGUCAGCUGCUGACUUUGCACAAGAAGCCCAAAAAGCCGCGCUGAGGAGAGGUGGUGCGGAUGCAUCGUAUCAUGGGACGCCAUCGCGCAUGGAGAUUAGAGACCGUACUUCUCCAUCCGUUCAUCCAUCCACGAGUGCGUCAGGAUCUGUGGAAACCCCACGCUUUCGAGGGGAUGACGGUGUCGACGAUCUAAGCCGCCUGCGUCAAGAGUUGCAGGCUGCCGACAAGACCAGACUCGUCGACUGGCGGAGGCGCAUGGGGAGCACACAAGUCUUUCACGAGGAUCUUACAAAAGCUCAAGACGUGGCCAACGCAACCGCCGCGAUAGAAGGGCCCAGGUCGCCUCCAAAGCAGAGCACGCUCAGUGCCUUUUUUGGCUCGGACCGAUCGCGUGCGCAAGGGCCGAGUCCACAGGGCGAUCACAACGUCUUGCUCCAGCACGCAUCCCGGUCGACGAAGCCUGAGCCAGGCCCCGCUGCCUCGUCCUGGAGUGCGCGUCUCGCGGAGGGGUACCAAUGGGCCACCAACGCUGUGAAUGAUGCUCUGCAAGCGCAUGUGGCCAACUCACACCGCGCUGCCUCUGCUGCUUCAGACAGUGAGUCUAUCGUGCUUGUAUGCCAGGAACACGCAGGAGCUAACGACUCCAACUAUCACCAAACAUCGUCACAAGAUCCUCUGCCUCUCCCAAGGCGGCAUGUGAAGAUCGAUGGCGAAUUUGUAGAGGUUGACGCCGAUCCAGCCGAAAUCAGCGCUCAAAUUCACCAUCCGCACGAUCGGCAAGGAGCGUCUUCGCGACCAGGUCAAUUCGAGGAACUGCUCAACACUAUGGCGCAGAAUCAAUAUCGAGGACCAGACGCAAUGUCUGCUCUGUAUGGCGAGGAAGCGGCCUUUGACGUGGCACGGCUGCCAAAGUACGCGGAUCCGGAUGCCUUGCGCCGCCGAGGCUUGGCGACGCAACUACAUACGCACCAGUUGCAGGGCCUGCGAUGGAUGGUUGCUGCCGAGCACCGCAAGAUGCCCACCACAAAAGAUGGUCAGCAGCUGCUCUGGGUGCCGCGAUGGGACGCCCGCAAGAACCUCUACUGGUGGCACUUAGCGAAGGAAGAAGCUACGCGCAGACGACCUGUGCUGCCCAGAGGCGGCAUUCUUGCUGAUGGCAUGGGUCUUGGAAAGACACUACAGAUCAUCGCUCUAUGCUUGUCUGACAAAGAUGGCGCAGGCGCCGAGAAGCUCGAAGAUAUCGCCGUGGACCCUCGUCGUUCAAACCCAGGCAUCAAGCACGAGGUGCCUCCCUCUACGCCAGCCUCCGCGUCGACGCCUCUCAAGGGGGCGAGAAUCUUCGACCUGACCUUUGAUUCCUCAUCAGGCACCGAUUCAGACUCAGAUGAGCGCGCGACGAUUAAGCGAUCAGCCAAGAAGUCGAAACUCAAACCGCAGACAGAGAAUCUCAACGUCAGGAAGAAGCAGACGAAAAGCAAAGAUCGCUGGAGUGAUACCACGCUCGUGGUGUGUCCUUUGUCUAUCGCGAACCAGUGGCUCGAGCAGAUCGAGACGCACACUCGAGGUAUAAAGGCGAUGGUUUAUCAUGGUCCAACAGCGAUCCGGCAAACCGAAAGCUUUGAGGAGUACGACAUCGUCAUCACCACUUGGGAUACCCUCAAAAAUCAGCACAAGCCGAUCCUGCAGGCGCGCGCAGCAGUCGAGCUUGAGGCCGAGUACAAUGCGACAAUCCUGCCUCUCGAGGACGAGCUGCGUGACGCAAUCGCACGUAGGAGGGAUGUUGGUCUGACGACUGAUCAGCUGGCUGAAAUAGAAGCUGACAUUGAGAUGCUCGAAAGCAGCAUUCAGCGUCUAAAAAAGGAGCUGAAAGAUGCUGCAGAAGCUGCUUUCAAGCAAGUCAAGAAAAGAAGGCAGACCCCGAAGGAUCGGUCCAGCAAACGCCGGAAAGGGAAGGCCAAAGCCUCUGCUGCGACCAGGGUUUAUGAGACGGACAGUGACUUUGGCGCUUCAGACGACGACCUGCCACUGUCUGACACAGCUUCGGCUGCGGAUGUUCCAAGAUCUCCAGGAGCACUGGCAAACGACUUCCAUCAAGCGUCAGGUCUGCUAUACACGACGCUAUGGAGGCGCGUUGUGCUUGACGAGGCACAUACAGCUCGCAAUCACAAGACGGCCGUCUUCAACUCGAUCACUGACCUCCAGACCGAACGCAAGUGGAGCGUGACCGGCACGCCGAUCGUGAACGGCACAAAGGACCUGGGCACACUAUGUGCGUGGCACGGUUUAGAGCCCUUCUGUGACGAUGCCAGAGCUUGGACGAACGGCAUAGAGCGCAGUAUCCGCCACAACAGUGGCAACGGUACGCGCCUGCUCAAUGCCAUCGUGCAGACUCUGGUUCUGCGCCGAGUCAAGGCGAUGAAAGGCGACGAUGGACGUGCGCUGGUGGAACUUCCACAAAUCGACGUGUUCCAACACACUAUACCUCUACGCGAAGCUGACAGAACCUACUACGAGCUUUGCGAGCGCGCGAUGCAGGAACACGUCCAGAUUUGGAUUCAACGAGGGGUCCUGCGUGAAGAGCGGUCAAACGUUCUCGUCUUCCUGAUGUGGCUCCGACAGCUCUCUUGCCACAGAAGCUUGGUAUCUCCUGACCUACUAGAGCAGCUCAAGACGCACGACUGGUCGAAGCGCGCAGAAAUUGCCAGCAAUUCUGCAAGACUGUCUGCAAUGGACAGAGAGCGACUUCAGGCCAAGCUCGAAGCCGCCGUCUCCGCCAGCGAAGAGUGUCCUAUCUGCUUGCAAGCUCUCUUCACUAACGAGCCCGUCAUUACACCGUGCUCGCACGUGUUCUGCAAAGAGUGCAUCUCAACUAUCAUCGCGGGACCCAGCGCUAAAUGUCCGCUAGAUCGCAAGCCCUUGAGUAAAGCUAUGGAGCUGGUCGCGCUCCCGCCUCCCCAGGCCGAGAAGACCGAACAAGCUUCGCCGGUGAUCCCUAGCGAAAGUCAGGAUGCGCAUUGGACGGCAGAGGGUGGAAGCGCAAAGCUUGACGAGAUACUACGCAUUCUGCAAGGCUUGGAGGAACAAGACCCUACAGAGAAGAUCCUCAUCUUUUCCAACUUCGCCAAGCAUCUAGACGUCAUAUCGAAGCGACUCAAAGAGGAGGACAUUCCUCAUUGCCGCUUUGACGGAAGCAUGAGCAAGCAGCGUCGCGAGCUCAGCCUUGCGAGCUUUCGCCGACCGUUGGCUGCAGAGAGCAUACGUCUUCGGAGACCUUGUGGGCCGAGCACCGUGCCCGCCGUGACCGCCGGAGCAGCUGAGCAGAAGGGAUCUUUUCGCGUGCGCCGCUUACUUGCCGAAUUGGACCUGCGCCGUGCUCAAGGCAACUCUACGAACCAGCGUCGGGGAUCACGAGGUGUGUCGGCGAUCAGUCAAGCAGCGAAAGACGAACAAGAGGGCAUUGGCACCACUGUUCCGCGCGUCAUGCUACUCACUAUUGGAGCAGGAUCACUGGGUCUCAAUCUGACAGCAGCCAGCGUUUGCAUCAUCGUUGAUCCGUGGUGGCAGAGCGCCAUCGAGCAGCAGGCCGUUGAUCGUAUCCACAGAAUUGGACAGACUCGUCCGUGCAAAGUCUUUCAUGUGAGUCCGUGGUGCCCAGCAUUGCCAAAGACGACACACAGCGCGGCUUUCUGACUGACCUUUGCCCCGCCUCCUUGACUGCACGCAUCCACAGUUCAUUGCUCAGCGCACGAUUGAGAACCGCAUGCAGGACAUUCAACGGCAAAAGGAGCAACUCACUGCCACGGCUUUCCAAAGCUUCACCGCUAAUGGCCGCCGAGUUGCUGAAUCUCGAGCGAGACGUGAGACUGGGCUCGGCGAUCUCGCACAGCUUUUGGGGCUCUCUGCAGACUAUGUGCGCAUGGCGCGCGAGCAGCAAUAG